AUGUCUUCAGUCGCAUUCGUGGGUAUUGGCAAUAUGGGCGCUGCCCUCGCCGAAACACUUCUCAAAACCUCGUCACAUAAGGUCACAAUUUGGAACCGAACCGCCGAUCGACCCCAAGUAAAAGCAGUUAUCGAGGCCGGAGCGACCUUUGAGUCCAACAUCGAGGCAGCCAUCAAUAGUGACGUUGUCAUCAUUUGCGUACUCGACUACGACACCAUCUACCGCGCCCUGGAACCGAUCCAGGCUUCUACGUCUGCGCUGUCUGAAAAGGUCAUUAUCAAUCUCACAAAUGGCACCCCAAGACAAGCUCGUGAAAUGCAACAAUGGAUCAAAGCUCGCGGAGCAGCGUUCUACUUUGACGGGGCUGUCAUGGUUCCACCACAGUUGGUUGGCACCGAGCACUCAUUCAUCUUGUACAGUGGAGAAAACCAAGAAGUCUUCACCCAGAAGGUGGCAGAUGUUGUAAAGACGCUUGGUUCCUCCCAAUACACAGGAGAAGACGUCAAUUCAGCUGCCACAGACGACCUGGCUGCGCUGUCUACCAUGUACGGAAUGUUCGCCGGCUUUUUCGCAGGUCUUGGCCUUGUCAGAAAGCAAGUCGGCACGAAUGGCAAGGUCAGCCCGUCUGUGAGUAAGGUUGUGGUGCCUGUCAUGACAGCUAUGGUGCCUUAUUUGAGCAGUAUCGCCGAGACUAUUGACGGCAAUGACUGGAACAACAAUUUGGGCAAUCCACUUGGUAUGCAGGUUGCCGGAGUGAGAAACAUUCUUCAGGCAUGUAAAGAGGAGUCAGUCAAUGGAGCUAGCUUGGAGGCGUUUGUGAAGACGAUGCAGAGGACAGUCGACGCAAAAGGCGGCGACGUCGGAGUCCCUGCUGUUGCAUUGUAUCACGAUGAGUAA